AUGGGUUGCGGAGGUUCGAAAGAAGGAGAACAAUCCCAAGCACAGAAGCAAGAAGAGGAGUACGAUAAGGCAGUUCUUUCACUUAAAGUUAACCGUGAUCGUCUUAAGAAGUAUCAGAGCCGUUUAGAAGCAGAUAACGAAAAACAAUUAGAAAUUGCUAAGAAGCUUGCUAAAGAAGGUAAAAUGGAUCGUGCUAAGCUCGUCAUGAGAGCAAAGAAGGCUCGCGAGGCAAUGAUUGCCAAAACUGAUGGAAUGUUAUCAAAUCUUCAAGAACAGCUUAAUAACCUCGAAACUGCAAGAAUUACUAAGGAGUUCGCUCAGAACUUAGAAAUGACUAACUCUGUCCUUAAGACAAUGAACGAACAACUUACUGUCGAAAUGGUUGAACAAUUAAUGGAAGAAAACCAGGAACAAACAGAAAAGGUCAACGAAGUUACAGAAUUGCUUGGCCAGAGCAUGACUCCAGACCUCGAUGCCGAAGCCGAAGAGGAAUACGAAAGAAUGUUGGCAGAAAUGGAAGGCGGUGCAGAAGAAGAAACAGGUGAACAGGAACCAGAACAAGAAGAACAAGAGGAAGAGAAGCCAAAAAGAGAAAAGGUUGCUGCUCUUGCAUAA